GCAGCACAACAGCAGCAGCAGUAGCGGCCUGGCCUCUGGCUUGCUGGAGAGAUCCAGUGGUUAGCAGAGUGGAAGAGGAAUGGACUGUGGCCCUCCUGCUACCCUCCAGGCCCACCUGGCAAGACCACCCGGUGCUUCCUGCCCCUUGGUUGCUGUGUGCCAGCAGGAGAGUCUGUCCUUUCUGGAGCUGCCUGCCCUGCAGCCCCCUCACCCUGUGCAUCUGGACCUCUUUCCUGUCACCUCAGAGGAGCUGCGGGCUCCCGAAGGCCGCUGGUCUCUGGGGACCCCUGCUCCUCUCCUAUGGCCAUCACCCCCAGGAACCCCAGACCCUAAGAUCACCACCAGUGGGGGCAUGCGGCCCAGCAGGGCUGGCAGCUGGCCGCACUGCCCUAGCGCCCAGCCCACAGUACUGGAGGGACCCUGGAGCAGCCAGCACCCACCGCCUCAGCGCCGGGCCAGCCACGGUUCAGAGAAGAAGUCAGCCUGGCGCAAGAUGCGGGUGUACCAGCGCGAGGAGGGCCCUUGCAGCUCCGAGGCACAGUCGGUUUUCCUCGAGCCGGGUCAGGCCUCCCAGCAGGCCCUGAGCACAGAGGAGCCCAGGCCAUUGGAGCUGUCCGGGGCCACCCGAGUGGGCCUCGAGGGGUCUGAGCGGAGGCGCUUCUCAGCCUCGGAGCUGAUGACCCGUCUGCAUUCUUCCCUGCGUCUGGGCCGAAGCUCAGCAGCCAGAGUUCUGGCCGCCAGUGGCACGGGAGCUGCCCGGGAAGGAAAAGCAUCUGGAAGGGAAUCUCGCAGUGCUGACAUGAGGCUGGAUGGUGCAGCAAUGCCUGUCCCCGUUGACCCGAGCGGGGGCCACAGUGGCUGGCCCGAGCCAAGGUUGGACACGCAGGAAGAGCCGGCUCUGAGUUCUAGGAGCGCCCGUGAGCGACGCCAGUCCCGGUUCCUACUGAACUCCGUCCUCUACCAGGAGUACAGCGACGUGGCCAGCGCCCGGGAGCUGCGGCGGCAGCAGCGCGAGGAGGAGGGCCCGGCGGACGAGGCGGAGGGCGCGGAGGAGGGGCCGGGCCCGCCGCGCACCAACCUCUCCCCGAGCAGCUCGUUCCGCGCGCAGCGCUCGGCCCGGGGCUCCACCUUCUCGCUCUGGCAGGACAUCCCCGACGUGCGCGGCAGCGGCGUCCUCGACACGCUGAGCCUGCGCGACUGCAAGCUGCAGGAGGCCAAGUUUGAGCUGAUCACCUCCGAGGCCUCGUACAUCCACAGCCUGUCGGUGGCCGUGGGCCACUUCUUAGGUUCCGCUGAGCUGAGUGAGUGUUUGGGGGCGCAGGACAAGCAGUGGCUUUUUUCCAAACUACCCGAGGUCAAGAGCACCAGUGAGAGGUUCCUGCAGGACCUGGAGCAGCGUCUGGAGGCUGAUGUCCUGCGUUUUAGCGUGUGUGAUGUCGUGCUGUACCACUGCCCAGCCUUCCGUCGAGUCUACCUGCCCUAUGUCACCAACCAGGCCUACCAGGAGCGCACCUACCAGCGUCUGCUCUUGGAGAAUCCCAAGUUUCCUGGCAUCCUGGCUCGACUUGAGGAGUCUCCCGUGUGCCAGAGGCUGCCCCUAACCUCCUUUCUCAUCCUGCCUUUUCAGAGAAUCACCCGCCUCAAGAUGCUAGUGGAGAACAUUCUGAAGCGGACAGCACAGGGCUCUGAAGAUGAAGACAUGGCCACCAAGGCCUUUAAUGCACUCAAGGAGCUGGUGCAAGAGUGCAACGCCAGUGUGCAAUCCAUGAAGAGGACGGAGGAGCUCAUCCACCUGAGCAAAAAGAUCCACUUUGAGGGCAAGAUUUUUCCGCUGAUCUCUCAGGCCCGCUGGCUGGUUCGGCAUGGGGAGCUGGUGGAGCUGGCUCCACUGCCUGCAGCACCCCCUGCCAAGCUGAAGCUGUCCAGCAAGGCAGUAUACCUGCAUCUCUUUAACGACUGCUUGCUGCUCUCGAGGCGGAAAGAGCUCGGGAAGUUUGCUGUGUUUGUCCACGCCAAGAUGGCAGAGCUGCAGGUAAAAGACCUAAGUCUCAAGCUCCAGGGCAUCCCUGGCCAUGUGUUCCUCCUGCAGCUCCUCCACGGGCAACAUGCAAAACACCAGUUCCUGCUGAGGACACGCACAGAAAGUGAGAAGCAGCGAUGGAUUUCAGCCCUGUGUCCCUCGAGCCCUCAGGAAGACCAGGAGAUCAUCAGUGAGGGAGAAGAUCGCCCUCAGGUUCAGUGUGUAAGGACAUAUAAGGCACUGCAGCCAGAUGAGCUGACCUUGGAGAAGACAGACAUCUUGGCAGUGAGGUCCUGGACCAGUGACGGCUGGCUGGAGGGCGUUCGCCUGGCAGAUGGGGAGAAGGGCUGGGUGCCCCAGGCCUACGUGGAAGAAAUCAGCAGCCUUAGCGCACGCCUUCGGAAUCUGCGAGAGAAUAAGCGGGUCACCAGUGCCACCAGCAAAUGUGGGGAGCCCCCUGCCUGACGGACAGUCUUGGUCUGGGACCUUGGUUCUAUGCCUGACUCCCGGACAUUCCUAAA